AUGUAUAUCCCAUCCAGCUUCUGCAUACAGUUCGAGUCUCAGGAUGUGUUGGUACCGUGGCACCGGCCUGAGCAAUCCUCCAGCGAUGACAAGGCGUCAAGCAUCGAGCGGGACCUCAACUCCACCACCACGGACGAUGAUGACCUCUUGCACUACCACGCACACAACCACAGCGACAGUGACUCCUGCCCUUCCCAUAGGUAUGGGAGUCGCAGAAACGGCCGGCGACGCACCAGGUCCCGGGCCAUAGAUCCCGUGGGUGCUGCGUCAUCAUCACAGAGUUCCUCAGACCUCAGUAGCCCCAACGAGUCCUGCUACAGCUUCGUGCGACGGGCACUACAGAAGCUGACCAGCAGCCGUCGGGGGUCGUCUGUGUCAGGCAGGUCAUGGUUCAUGCAUGGUGGGAGUUUCACAGCAUUUAGGUCUGACAGUCACUGCCUGGGCAUGGAGACCGGGGGAGCCUCCGAGCCCCGACCCUCCUUGAGCGAGGACCAGCGCCCCUCCGUCAGCAACGAUGGGUCUCUUGACUCGCAGGAGAACCUGGACGAUGUGCCUAUAGAACUGCGACACUUGGAGCCCGAUGAUCCGGCACUUCUGGAUAUUCCAGUCUCACCGGCACCGCCCCUGUAUCCCGCCUCCGCUGCCACUGUGGUGCUUGGUGAUCGUGAGAGUAAAGCCAAAUCUAAGAGUCUAACAGACUUGGUGCAGGCAUCGCCGCGGUCUCCGGGUAACCCUCUUGCUCCUUCAGGUUCAUUUCUGGCAAGAAAAAAAUCUAUCAGUCGGGACGCUCUCGAUUCGAAGCGAAUUAUUGAAGUGCCGAGCACUGUUUUGCGCUCAAAAUCCAGCUCUUCUUGUUUCUCCUUGUCUAGUCACGAUAUUUCGAUAGAACCUUCAAAGGUAGCUGUAGUUGGGAAGGGAUCGUGUAAAGAGGGUGCUGGUGCAGACACGAAAGCCAUUGUAGCGACUGAGAAGUGUGUGGAUGAUAGAGGCACUCCAGCUGUGAGUAGGAAAAGACCUACACUUAAAAAACAAAAGGCCUCUAUAAAUGAAAGUGAUGGCAGUGAUGUAGAAACACCUAUAGUUAUAGAGAUAAGUAAAGCCCCAAAAACGUUGGAAACUGUCAAUGUGCCUGUUGCAACCGAUGAUAAGGACCAUUUAACUAUUCCAAAAGGAAUAGGCAUAAUAAAACAAAGCUCACUCAAUGAUGAAUUUAUAUGUAUAGAUAGAUUUUUAGAAAAAGAAAAGAUUAAACAAAGUAUUCAGAAACAAAGUUCGCUGAAUGAAGACUUGAUAUAUGGAAACAAAGAGGAAAAACAGGAAACUCUCAGAGAGUCAUUAUUCACGGCGCAAUUUAAAAGACUUCAAAACAUACGUGAGAGCUUUCAGAGGCUAAGAACCGCGAGCCUUGAUCGAUUCGAGAGAGAGAAAACGGACUCUUCCCUGAAAAAAGGUAUUGUUAAACUUUUACAAUCCUGGAAAAGCGAGAUUCUUGUGACUAAGGAAAGCAAACCAACGUCUGGGGACGAGUGUGAUCUAGAAGGUGACUGUGAAGAGUUCUCUGAAAAGGUUGGCGACACCGACUGUCAGCCAGACAUGAAACACAACGAGGUGAGACCUGAAGCUCAAAGUAUAAACCAGCUGGGAACUUCUGGUGACGGCAGCGAUGCUCUCGCUGACAAGGUAAGGACGUGCGUGACGGAGAAAAAGUUUUUAGGGAAAGACCCGAGUGACAGAAAAUCCUCCCGUGAGGAAAGUUCCGAUAGUUCGAAAGAAAAUAGUUUUCAGAGCGACACUAGUCUUGACUCUGAAGACAGUUGUGUGUCUGUGAUAUUUGUCCCUAAACCGGGUCAGGCUGGUGUUAAUGGAAUUGAUAAGGAAAGAAACCGGUCUGUUUCUUCUGAAUCAUCAGAAGGUUCAGACAAACAGCAUUCCCCAAAGUCACCAAAGUCGCCUAAAUCGCCAAAGUCUCCGGGUCCUGGUGGCCGAUACUUUGCUCCAGCACGUUAUUUGGGAGCUAAAAGCGGGGUAAAGACAGGACCGAAAAUGGGCACUCAAGUUCUGGGGGGGUCGACGAGAUCUGACCACAGCAGCAGCAGCAGCAGCAGCAGCCAGCAGCAACGUGUCAGUCCUCCGUCAGACUCUCCACAGGAGAUCCCAAUAACAGUUUCAAGUCCUGUACCAACUCCUGAAGAGGCAAAAUGUGAUUCCACAAGUGGUCGUGAAGUACCAGCUAUCCGCACCGUAGCUACAGCAGUGCCAAGGCCGUUGCCCACGCGCACUGGAGGCCUCGGUCGUGUACUGAACCAUAGUGGUACAAUACCUCCAAGCACACCACCACCAACCAUGUCUUCACCCAGUAGUUCCUAUUUCUCUCAUAUAACAGUUCCCAAAGCAUUGCCCACAGAAUCGUCGCCUUUGCUUGGGAAAUCUAACUGUGAAGUGUCGUCUAGUCCAAAAAAAUCUCCAACUUCCACUAAGCCAACUACCUCUGUAAAGGCUCCUACCUCGACGCCACCAGUAACCACUCAUCAAACAUCUACGCAAAUGUCAUCCCAGACGAGUAAAUACAUACCAAAAUACGAGCCGCAAGUGGUGAAACGAGAAACAAGUUUUACACAACAAGUUUCAUCACUUCUUCUGGGAGAAAACGUGGAGAUAAUUCGGAAGACUGGAAGCAGUGGGAGCCGUAACGUACAGAUUGUGCGCAAGACUGUGCCGCGGUUCUUAACAUUUGACGUGUUCAAUCCAGAGACAGACGACCUUGACAGUGACUCUUCAGCCAGCUCCUCGCCCAACUCAGGUAGCUCUGUGAUCGAGCGUGGCUGGCCCACUGAGAGAGACAUCGAGGAACUAGAUCGAGAGAUAAAGCGUCGUGAAGAGGAAGAACGUCGUCGGCCCGUGCCUUCCCCAGGAGCGGCAGCUGCGGAGAGAGCCAUACCGCCGCCUCCUGAGAUGCCCAAAUUAUCCUUAGUCGAAGACGUUCACCGGAUGGACACAAUAAGUGAAGAUGUUCGUGAACAUUCAGGAAUGGAAUUAAAUGGAGUCAGAGGAGAUAGGAGGAAGGAAUGUAGAAUGCCAGGAUCCCUGCCUUUAGUGGGUAAAUCACAGUCAACCUUGCCGGCCUCGAGGUCCACCUCCGUCACCAGGACAUACGUCGAACAGUCCUCUUUAGGUAUGUCAAGGCGUGAGAUAGAGUCGCUAAGACAGAGGUCAACUAGCGUCUCUGGUGCAGGAGUGUCUGAAGUAGAUAAGAAGUUAGAGACGCUAUCAAAAGUGCGCACAUCAUCGCCGUCCUCACUGUCUCCAGCCAGCAGCAGUUCGCCCACUUUUGACUCCCCCGCUGAGCCUCUCCUGAAAAGGAGCCCUAAAGCAAGACGGAAGCUCACUAUAGCUCACCUAGACCAAUUAUUGCCUUUACAACCUACAGUAGAACAUAAAUCAGAGCCAAAGAGACCUUCCAGAAGUCCAGAGUCUUUGUUGGAAAGACAGAGUUUCAGAAGUCGUGUCCCUGACCGCCAUCAACAAAGCAAAGCUCUCUCACCACUGGGGUCGGAGGUUAUUGGUCGAGGCGAUAUGAAGCCUUGGGCCGAAGUUGCCAUUAAGCCUAUAACUGAAACAGUUAAUCUUCCACCACCUACGUCUUGGAGAGGAAAAUUUUCUCCGGAAGGAAUUCUCAAGGGUAUUUCAGAAUUUGACAAAACCUCAGGACAGAAGAAGAGUCAAGAAGCCAAGAAAAGUGCAUUGGAGUUGCCCUUUACUUCUCCGUGUAGGUCUUCCCUCUCUCCGAGCAGUAGCGUUUCUUCAACUUCUCCAUCAAUUCCCCGAGAACUGGGAAGAGAGGAUCCACUCUCUAGAAGUCCCCUUCUCAGCUCUCCAACGCUGUCGACCAGCAGUGGUGAUUCUCGUUCUGGUUCACAUGCAGCGAUAUCUUUUUUUCGAGAAAGUCCAUUUUCCUUUGAUAUGUUCAGAAUGAAUCGCAGUGAAAGUAGCUUACCAUUGUUAAGUCUAGAAGAAUCACAACCCAAUCAUGGCACUUUCAAAGAGCCAGCAAAGCCUGUUGUGCUCAGAGAAUCUAAACGAAGUUGUAGAGUAAAAUCUGAACCAGAAGAAACAAAAGAAGCUAAACAGCGCAGCAGUCGCAUAUCUUGUCAUUAUCCUUCCAAAGAAGGUGAGAUCAGUAAAGAUGAAGGUCCUAAUAAACAAAGAAGAUCUCAUACUAACUCCUUGAAGGUAAGAAUAGAAGACAGUAAGCAAAAAGAUAAUGGAACUGGGAAAAAGAGCACAUGCCGCUUGUGUGCACGGGAAAACGAUAAAAGACAGAAGAAAAAGAAACAAGAACAGCUGGCAAGUGUACUUGGAUCUAAGGAACAGCAGUUUGGACUAAGCACCAAGAGACGAGUAACGAAUCAGGGAAAGACAGAUGGUUUUCGAAGAGGAGAGCUCAAGUCCCAGGGCUCCCUGGAUUCAGCCAGAGAGAAAGAAUCUGCAGCCUCGAAGUCCUCUCCUCCUCUGGUCCGCAGCGGAUCGUUAGACUUGGAGAAAGCAGAACGAAACCAGAAGGAAAGUAGACUGAGUCGAGACGCAUCGUUGUCAACAUCGCAGGACUCUCUCCAGAGUGACGUUGGCGGAGCACCUACACUACCGUAUUACCACGUCUUCCGCGAGGGAGAGCUCGAUCAGCUCAUUGAAAAGUACGUGCACAACCUACACAUUAUCUCGUCUUACUACGACCACGCGAACUGGUGUGUUAUUGCGGAGAAAGUGCAAGUGUGGACUAUAUGAGGGACGAUGCUCAUCUCUUAUGUAGCUGAAGGUAAAAUGAAUUGACUUUGCAAGUAAACAAACUGUACAUUGUUGGACAAAAAAAAAACAGACUUAUAACCUAAACUCUACUUAAAUAAACUUAGACUAAGAGGCAACCGUGUUGCACAUAAACUUUGUAUAAGACAGUGUUUCACAGUGAUAAGCAUUAAUGAUUACAUACAAAUCUAUGUUCAUAAUUCACAGAUGUUAUUUUGUUUUCAGGUUGAUUCCUGGUCACGUAAAAUAGUGUAGCCACUUGGGCCGUCACAAAGGAAUAGAUUUUUGUCUGCUCUGUUUAUGAGUUGCCUAAACAUAUCCAAACAUUCUAUUGUUUAUCGAUGUUUUAGAUGUUUAAUGACGGGAGUCUAACAUAUCUGAUUUACGCUGGAACACUGAAGAAAUAUUUAAUGUGGAUUUCAAACAUAUCUUAUUGCAGUGAAAUCAAGAAUACAUAUAUUUAUAGAUACAUAAUACAUAUAAAUAUAUAUUUAUCAGAUUUGUUGUUUUGUAAAAAAAAUGUAGAAUGGUAAAGAUUGGAGUUUGGAGAUGGUGUUUCCUGCCUAUGGUAGAUAGAUGCUACCAUGUAGUGAUCUACCACAGUAGAUAGAUGCUACCAUGUAGUUAUCUACCACAGUAGAUAGAUGCUACCAUGUAGUUAUCUACCACAGUAGAUAGAUGCUACCAUGUAGUUAUCUACCACAGUAGAUAGAUGCUACCAUGUAGUUAUCUACCACAGUAGAUAGAUGCUACCAUGUAGUCAUCUACCACAAUAGAUAGAUGCUACCAUGUAGUCAUCUACCACAAUAGAUAGAUUCUACCAUGUAGUCAUCUACCACAAUAGAUAGAUGCUACCAUGUAGUC